AUGUCUGAAGCCUUUGGCAGAGCUGCUCAGCUCUUAACACAAACUUAUUCUUCCAUCAGUGACACUGAACGAAAGCAAGCAGAAGAAGAACUCCGUAUCCUCAGCCAAGAUACCAAAGGCUUCUUUCAAUUUCUCUUGACCGUCAUAUCCUCUCAAGACUCUCCUCAUCAACUUAAGCAAUCUGCAGGAACCAGACUCCGCAAUUUUAUGAGAGAAUGCAUUGAGUCAAGUAAGCUUGCAGCUGAAGACCGCAUGUACCUAGCAGAAAUGAUUUUCCAGACCAUUAUAAGCCCAAACAUCGAUAGAUCUAUAAGAGGAAUCACAAAUUAUGCCCUCAACCCUUUAAUAUCUGAUGAUGCCAUGGGAUUAUGCUGCAAUCGCUUAGCAGCCUUAUCCUCCCACAUUUAAAUAACGAGCAAUUUGUUUUGCUGUCGUUAAUUGGGGUAUAAUUUUUUUUUAAAAUUUUUAUAUUGAGAAUUUUUGUCAUACAUUUAUUUAAAUUUAAUUUUAUUUCAGGAAAUAUUUUAAGAUGAGAAAACAAUAAAGCAAGAAAUAUUCUAUUCAUGAGUGUUGAAUGGGUUUUAAAACAUUGAAAAUAAUUAAAUAAAUCUUAGAAAUAUUAAGAAAAACUUUAUCGAAACUCUUGUUAAUUGAAAGUUACUUAAAAAGAAUCUAAAAAAUACAUAGGUUUGUUCGUUAUUAAAUGGAAGGAAAAGAGCUAGCAAUUGUAGGUCUAAAAGGAGAAGCCCAUCAAGUCUUCGGCAGCUUGUCAGUAAUAAAAACGAUUUUCAGCUGCAUGCCAUCACAAUUCAAUGCUGGGGAUUAUUCUAAAAUACUCCUUCCACAUAUGAUAGACGUUGGCAAUAAAGUCUUUUUUCAGCUUGGAGCAGCUUUGCAAUCCUCAAAUGAAGCUUUAGCAAUAGAAAUUCUUUAUAUAUUCGAAGAGUGGUCAUUAUCUCUCAGACAAAUUCUUGAACAUUUUGAAGUGGUUUCCAAUAAAGGAAUCAAAGAAUUUGUGGAACACACAGAAAUAGCAUCCAUCUUUACAAACACAAUAAAUAUUAGGAUACCUGAUUUCAGGCUUCCUAAUGUAAACGCUGUUAUAAACUUAUCAAGUGGGACAGUGACAAAUUUAAUGAACCAAAUAAAGGCAAAUAUAAUUAAAUGCUUGAAUAUUGUGAUACAGUACUUUAUGGACUGUAAAAAGAAAAUCUAUGAAGAGAUGGGGGCAAAGGUCAUCUCCACUAUAGGCGCUGCUAUUCCAGAUUCCCCAUUUGUUGACUCUGUUAAUGCUGUCCUAGAGCCUCUGAUUAUUUCUUUAUUAGCUAUAUGUGUUCAUCCAGACGUUGACCAGUUCAUCAUACAAAGCUGGCUAUCUGAAAUUGUUAUAGAAACAUUAAAUUUGCUUCACAAAUGCAGCUCAGAGUCAAGAUUUUACGGGAUCUUUGGGCAAUUUUAUAAGCAAAUUAUUACUGAUAUAAUUUUGCAGUUUUUAAGGCUUAAUGAAAGCGAUAAAGAAUUAUUUGAUACACAGCCUGAUGAGUUUGUCAACAUUUGCCAAGAUAUAUGUGAACGGCAAGAAUCUGAGACGGUAAAAACUGUAUCAGCCCAGCUUCUGGAAACUAUGUGUGAUAACAUUGAUGGAGCAUUGCCAUUUUCUGCAUAUUUUGCUUUUGAGUUGAUAGAAUCCAUUAUAAAUCCUGAAAUUAAUAAAGAAUACCCUUUAAUCAAGGAGCUUGCAAACACUGUCUUCAUGGCUUCAGAUAACGAAAAUAAAGUAGCUACAGCUUUUAUGAUGCUCAGUAUUUUAUCAUUUGGGAUAUACUAAAUUCCUGGGGAUAGCGCGGAAUACGCUAUCCCCAGGACCAACCGGGAUCGGAUCCCACAUGGAACGGGGGUUUCCAUGUGUGGAUCCAUUUUUGACAUGUGAGAUAUUUACUUUCACGUGUCAAAAAUGGAUCCACACAUGGAACCCUUGUUCCAUGUGGGAUCCGAUCCCGGUUGGUCCUGGGGGAUAGCGUAUUCCGCGCUAUCCCCAGGAAUUUUCUAUAUCCCGAAGGUCUGAUCUUCUUAAUGGUAUCAAUAACUUGUUAGAAAAAAUAAUGACAGCUUUCUUUUCUACAAGCUCAUCUAUGAUUAUUCACCAAAGAGUUUGCCAAUUUUUAUACUGCUUUUCUGAGCAUAUUUUCCAAGACAAGUUAGAGUAUUUCAAAAGAUGGAUGCUUUAUAUUUUGGACUGUAUUUUACAGCAGUCGUCUAGAGCUGUAUGUAUACAAGCUUGUGAUACUUUCUCUUAUAUAAUGCAAGAAGAUGAACUUAUGUUUAGACUUGAACCAUUUAUGGGUGAAGUUGUUGAUAAAGUUAUAGAAGCAAUUCCAAACCAAAAAGAAAAAUCGUUUUAUGAAGCUCUAGUUGAAAUAGUCCAAAAUUUCGGAGAGUCACUUGACAGAAAAGUUGUACCAUUAAUGAUAGCCUUAGUAGGAAAAAUUCAAAGUGAAGUUCAGUGCCAGAUUGCUAAUAAUAAAAAAGAUUCAAUUAUAGUGAUCAAGUCAUGGAAUAUUAUAAGAUCACUAAUAAAUUCAAUCUCAGUAUCAGGAGCCGAUCUUGAAGAACUUGAAAAACUUUUAUUACCAAUUAUUAAUUAUAUACAGUAUCCCGAUCAAGUUUCCUUUUUCGAUGACAUAAUUAGCAUUAUCCAAUUGAUACAAAAAAAAGCGAAGUCUAUAUCAGCGCUUCAAUGGGAAAUCUUUAAUCAUUUGCCAGUACUUCAGGCUAAGCAAGAAAAUACCUUGCAAAUUGUUUUUAAACUGCUUAAUACAUAUCUCAGAUUCGGAAAAGACAGUUUCGCAACUUCACCUCAAAGAAUGGCCCAAGUGGUAGAAAUGGCAGGAAAAGCAUUAUUUGCGCAGCCAAAAGGCCGUAUUAGAGAAGGUCUGAACUGCGAGGGAGCAAUUUUAUACCAUUUACUAUUCCAAACAUUCCCUGGACAAUUAGAUCAAUAUAUGGAUAAAAUCCUAACUGACACGUUUAUGCGCUAUGCCCAAAGUACCACAAAUAAUUUCUUCAAAGUCCGCCUUCUUGACACCAUUCUAUCCUCAUUUACUUACAACGCUACUCUAACUGCCAACAUUCUUUCCGCUACCCAGACAGCUGAAGGAAUUUCCUAUCUCCGCUUUUCCCUCCUUGAAAUCAUAAAAAUGGCUAAUCAAUUCACACACCAAUACGACAAAAGAGUCGCAGUUAUUGGCCUGUGCCAUUUAUUUAUGAUGCCACAGAUGAAUAAUGACAUUUAUGAAUUAAUUGACAAGAUCUUUGACACAGUCAUAGUAAUUCUCAGUUACAAAAAGCCUACAGAAGAGGAGACUAAACAGAAAAGUCCAAUUGACAUGCUUAUGGAAAAUUUAUUUGACUCUGAUGAAGAUAGCUUUGAUUCUGAAAUCUUUGUGAAGGGAACAAAGCUGAUUUAUGGAGGCAGUGGAGAAGAUGCCCCUGGCGAAAGGGAAGAAAAAGAAGCGAAUUCAAUUUUAGUGAAUUUAUUCAGUCCUAUAUUUGUUGUUGAUGAAUAUAAUGUUUUUAGAACCAUGGUUAGCCAGCUACAUGCUACUAAUAAAGAUUUCAUGGUAAAUCUAACAAGAAAUCUCAGUCCUGUAAGAGGGCAGCAGCUUGUAGAAAUUGUCCAAUCAAAGCGUAUACAGAUUAACGACCUGCCAGGGGAAAAUACAGAAAUAAGAAGAGUGGUUAAAGCAGCCCGUAGAAAAUAG